AUGUUUCAUCUUGUAUACAACCGAUAUAACAUGACAGACAAUGAGUCACACAAUGCGGCUCGUAAGGUGCUGCGGUCAGCAACGUGGUCCGAGUUUCACUUCAUAUCUCUUAUCGCCCGACCACGUCGAACUCCUCAUCUCGAUGGGCUUCUCACAAAUGGCAACUUUGAGCAAAUCCCUCUCAAAUCAAAGAUGAAGGGUCGACAAAUAAUCGGCAUUAACUCUCUCCCUCACUGGCAAAUCUCCGGCCACGUGGAGCUAGUCUUCGGUGGGCCUCAGCCCGGUGGAUUCUAUUUUCCGGUCCCACGUGGAGUCCAUGCGGUUAGACUAGGAAACCUGGCCUCCAUCUCUCAAGACGUGAGAGUGAAGCGUGGCUUGGUCUACGCUAUAACGUUUGGAGCCACGAGGAGUUGUGCUCAGGACGAGAACAUCAAAGUCUCUGUGCCUGGUCAGACCAAUGAGCUUCCCAUCCAGACCGUCUUUAGCUCAGACGGUGGAGACACGUACGCUUGGGCUUUCAAGGCAAUGUCCGAUGUGGUUAAGCUCACUUUUCAUAACCCUGGUGUUCAAGAGGACCGCACGUGUGGACCUCUCUUAGAUGUUGUCGCCAUCAAGGAGAUUCUUCCUCUCCAGUAUACCAGAGGAAACUUGGUGAAAAACGGAGGAUUCGAGAUCGGACCACACGUAUUCGCCAACUACUCCACCGGAAUCCUGAUUCCGGCAAGGAUCCAAGACUUUAUCUCUCCACUUCCGGGAUGGAUCGUCGAAUCUCUCAAACCGGUGAAGUACAUCGUUAAACGUCAUUUCAAGGUUCCGUUUGGACAAGCCGCCGUCGAGCUCGUUGCCGGAAGAGAAAGCGCCAUCGCCCAGAUCAUCCGUACCGUCGCCGGUAAAGCGUACAUACUCUCGUUCACGGUCGGCGACGCGCAAAACGGCUGCCACGGGUCCAUGAUGGUGGAGGCGUUCGCGGGAAGCGAGCCGUUUAAACUUCCGUUUGUGUCGGAAGGUAAAGGAGCGUCCAAAACGGGGCGUUUCAAGUUUGUUGCCGAUUCGAAUCGAACCAGGCUAACCUUUUACAGUGCGUUUUACCACACUAAGCUUCAUGACUUCGGCCAUCUUUGUGGGCCUAGAAAAGCGAUAUUUAUUAUUUACGAAGAGCGACCGAAACCGAAAACUAUCCUCUCAAGUCGUAAUCGAACGAAGAUGGCCGUCGAGGAAUCGAACACGACGGUGGACGGUGUCGAGAUACUGAAGCCACGUACGGACAACAGAGAGUAUCGGAGGAUUGUCCUCGAGAACUCGCUUCAAGUCCUGUUGAUCAGCGAUCCCGAUACCGAUAAGUGUGCUGCUUCAAUGAGCGUUAGUGUCGGAUCCUUCUCUGACCCACAAGGACUAGAAGGCUUAGCUCAUUUCCUCGAGCAUAUGCUAUUUUACGCGAGUGCAAAAUACCCAGAGGAAGAUAGUUACUCCAAGUACAUCACUGAGCAUGGAGGCAGCACAAAUGCGUAUACAUCCUCUGAAGAGACAAAUUACCAUUUCGAUGUUAAUGCUGACUGUUUCAAUGAAGCUUUGGACAGAUUUGCUCAGUUCUUUAUCAAACCACUAAUGUCAGCUGAUGCCACCAUGAGGGAGAUUAAGGCUGUUGACUCAGAGAAUCAGAAAAACUUGCUCUCUGAUGGUUGGCGAAUGCGACAGUUACAGAAGCAUCUAAGCAAAGAGGACUAUCCGUUUCAUAAAUUUAGCACAGGAAACAUGGAUACACUUCAUGUACGACCCCAAGCGAAAGGAGUGGAUACAACGAGUGAGCUUAUUAAGUUCUACGAAGAACACUAUUCCGCUAACAUCAUGCAUCUGGUUGUCUAUGGGAAGGAAAGCCUUGACAAAAUUCAAGAUCUUGUGGAAGGGAUGUUCCAGGAAAUCCAAAACACCAACAAAGUUAUCCCUAGAUUUCCUGGCCAGCCAUGUGCUCCGGACCAUUUGCAGGCUGUUCCUAUAAAGCAAGGACACAAGCUCAGUGUUUCAUGGCCUGUAACUCCUAGCAUUCAUCAUUAUGAAGAAGCAGCAAGCCAGUACCUCGGCCAUCUAAUCGGACAUGAAGGCGACGGAAGUUGGGCAACGGGACUGUCCGCUGGUGAAGGAGAUUGGACUCUAGACUAUUCUUUCUUCAAGGUUUCGAUUGACCUUACGGAUGCUGGUCAUGAGCAUAUGCAAGAUAUUUUAGGGUUGCUGUUCAGAUACAUUCAGCUAUUACAACAGACUGGUGUUUGCCAGUGGAUUUUUGAUGAGCUCUCAGCUAUUUGUGAGACAAAAUUUCAUUACCAAGACAAAACAUCACCAAUGUCCUAUAUAGUGGAUAUCGCAUCAAACAUGCAGAUAUUCCCGAGCAGGGACUGGCUGGUUGGAUUAUCACUUCCUUCUAAAUUUAAUCCAGCCACUGUACAAAAGGCUGUAGAUGAGCUUUCUCCUAGUAAUGUUCGAAUCUUUUGGGAAUCACAGAAAUUUGAAGGUCAAACUGACAAGACUGAGCCAUGGUAUAACACUGCCUAUUCUCUUGAGAAGAUAAGCAGCUCCACCAUCCAGGAGUGGGUGCAGUCUGCCCCUGAUGUAAACCUGCAUCUACCAGCGCCUAAUGUCUUCAUUCCUACAGAUUUGUCACUAAAGGAUGCUAAGGACAAGGGGACUGUCCCGGUUUUGUUGAGAAACUCGCCUUUCUCAAGAUUGUGGUACAAGCCAGAUACGAUGUUCUCGAAACCAAAGGCAUAUUUUAAGAUGGAUUUCAACUGCCCACUUGCAGUCAACUCUCCUGACGCAGCAGUUCUUACGGAUAUCUUUACGUGGUUACUGAUGGACUAUCUAAACGAAUAUGCUUAUUAUGCACAAGUUGCUGGUCUUUACUAUGGAGUGAGCCUUUCAGACAAUGGUUUCCAGUUAACUCUUCUUGGUUACAAUCACAAAUUGAGGAUCUUGCUGGAAACUGUUAUUGAAAAGAUGGCAAAUUUUGAAGUUAAACCUGACAGGUUUUCGGUUAUCAAGGAAACUGUCACAAAGGAGUAUCAAAAUUACAAAUUCCGACAGCCAUAUCACCAAGCAAUGUAUUACUGCUCGCUGAUACUACAAGAUCAGACCUGGCCUUGGACAGAGGAGCUAGAUGUCCUUUCUCAUUUGGAAGCUGAAGAUGUAGCUAAGUUUGUCCCAAUGUUGUUAUCAAGGACAUUUAUAGAGUGUUAUAUAGCAGGUAAUGUGGAGAAUAACGAAGCUGAGUCAAUGGUCAAGCAUGUUGAAGAUAUUCUAUUUAAUGAUCCAAAGCCGAUUUGCCGACCUUUGUUCCCAUCCCAACACCUGACUAAUAGAGUUGUAAAGCUCGAAGAAGGAAUGAGGUAUUUCUACCACCAAGAUGGCUCCAACCCCAGUGAUGAAAACUCUGCCCUAGUACACUAUAUUCAGGUUCAUAGAGAUGACUUUGCCAUGAAUAUUAAACUUCAGCUGUUUAGUCUCGUGGCAAAGCAAGCCACCUUUCAUCAACUUAGAACGGUCGAGCAACUUGGUUACAUCACUGCACUUGCUCAGAGGAACGAUUCUGGUAUCUAUGGUGUACAGUUCAUUAUUCAGUCAUCAGUGAAGGGUCCUGGACAUAUAGAUUCGAGGGUGGAGUCAUUACUGAAGAACUUUGAGAGCAAGCUUCGCGAGAUGAGUGAUGAGGAAUUCAAGAGCAAUGUAACAGCUUUGAUAGACAUGAAGCUUGAGAAGCACAAGAACUUGAAGGAGGAAUCCCGGUUUUACUGGCGAGAGAUUCAAAGUGGAACACUCAAAUUCAACCGUAAAGAGGCAGAGGUUGAUGCGCUGAGGCAGCUUCAGAAGCAAGAGUUGAUAGAUUUCUUUGAGGAAUACAUAAAGGUUGGAGCAGCGCAGAAGAAAUCGCUGAGCAUAAGAGUGUACGGGAGCCAGCAUUUGAAAGAGAUGGCGAGUGACAAAGAUCAAGUCCCAUCACCAUCUGUUGAAAUCCAAGAUAUUGUUGGUUUCAGAAAGUCUCAGCCUCUUCACGGCUCCUUCAGGGGAUGCGGACAACCCAAACUGUGAGGGGCUGAAUCUCGUCGUUUCACUAUACAAAGACUAUUUUUUUUUCUGUUCUUUUUAUCCCUUGUGGUUGUAAGAACAAUCAAUAUCGGUUUUGUCAUCGAUUGCUAGAAAACAGAGAUUCAAGCCGAGAAAACUUUGAUGACUCUAAUGAUUCUACUAGCCUUUGUCAUUAAAUACACAGAGAGGAUAAUUGAUGCGUUUGUUUUAUGAUCUUUGAUUGUUUCCUUAAGAAAAAUUCAGAGGAUCCUGGAAUAAGGGAACCUUCUGUUGGAGAAAGAAGCUUCUUGUGUUUAUGGUUUUGUUUGUAUACACUUCAUUGAUCUUAAUUUUGAUUUAUGAUGGGAAGCAGUUUUCUAGAA